AGAAAGUGCGAAAGCAUAUACUUAAACUCAUACUUAAAAGAACUCAAACCAAACUUGCUCCUUCAUUAACAAGAACCUAUAGUUUUUGGGAGUCUCUGUGGAUUUCUGAAAUGACCCCUCUAUCGACCUGUUGGCUUUUGAUUGAACUGUACGUGAUCCCACAUGGAUUUCUAAAGUGGUUUUUCUUGAGCUUCUAUGUCCACCCUUUUUUUCUAGUUAUCUGUCAACUUUAUCUUUGGAUAAAGGUGUUACUAGGAUUUCUAUUAACCUUCAUCCUAUUUGUUUAUAGGUUCUCAUGUUUCUUAAUUUCAUACGUGUUAAGAUUGCACAAAUUAUGCGUACUCUUCUCCAAGAAAUACUCCAUCGAUCCAAAUAAAAAUCCAGUCAUCAUAGAAGAGGUUGAGGAGUACUUUGAUAUACCAAAUACCGAAAGCCAAAAUGAAAUCGUCCUUUAUACGAGCUUGAACAUGAGAAGUACUAGUAAUUCGUGUGGUACGGCCAAUUUGAACAUGAAAAAUAAAUCGUACGACGACAUGAUCUAUGUAUAUGAUUUUCAAACCAGAGUUUCUCAAAUGUUUGCUAAAAAUCACAAGAUUAGUUCACUUGUUGAACCGAAUCAAGGUGAGUCUAUGAAACUUGAAGAACAUGAAGAGAAUCUUAGUCAUGAAGUAGUUGACGGUUGUUCAGUCAAUCCUUCUGUUGGUGAAAAUAAGAAUAGUAUAUUUGAUAAUUAUAAUGCAGCCCCUUUAUCUCCCGGUCCAAUUUUAUCAGAUACAGAGCUAGAACAAGAGUUUUCUGUAUCGGAUUCUGUUUCCAGUUUUUCACCAGGUAUUAAUCAUCCGGGGCUGGACGAAUAUUUUCCAUCUCCUAUUAGCUCUAAUUUGUCGUCCCCGUUGGAUUAUGGCACGUUGAACCAAAAUUUUCCGUCACUUAGUAGCCAUACAAAUGAUAUGGUAAUGGAUCAACAGCUGGUAUAUACAAGUUACGCAGAGGAAGAAGUGGAUUUUUUGUACAAGAAAUAUGCUGAAAGCAUGAGCUGGUUUGAUGUUCUCAAUCAUGACAGGCUAUGUGCCUUAAGUGCAGUACUGAGAAAGCACUUGUCAAGUCCUAAUGCAUUUGAUUGCGAAAUGAAGGCUAAUGGUAUCCAAUAUAUUUCUUUGAGCAAAGUGGCAAAAAAAAGACUUGUGAGGAGCUUAGAGAGUGAUUUAGAGUUGGUUUAUGUGGCACAAUCAUGUUUGUCAUGGGAAGCACUUCAUCAUCAGUACAAAAAAGUAGAGGCUCUUUCUUGUUCAACUUCGAAAAAUGGUGUCUUUUGUGGUAAAGUAGCAGCCAGAUUUCAGAAAUUCCAAGUACUCUUAGAAAGAUUUGUGGAAGAUGAUAGCUGUGGAGGCAAAAGACAUUUGAAUUAUGUUCAUCGAAGGAUUUCCCAAAAGAAUCUCCUCCAAGUUCCAGAGGUUUCUGGAUAUGUUGAAUCGAAUGAAAGACUGAAUGGAGAGACAAGCAAGGCAAUAGAAGUGCUAAAGGCUAUAGAGAAAUGCAUAAGUGCUUUCUGGUUUUAUGUAAGAACAGAUAGCAAGAAAAGGUUGUGGAGUCAAUCGCGUGUAGAAGACCCCAGAGACAUCCUACUCCGGCAUGACUUAAUUAAGAAACUUCAAAUGAAAGAGUUAUGGCUGAAGGACGUCAAAGGUAAGAGAAAAUGCUGGCUGAGAAGAGCAACAAAGCCUCAAUUACAAGGAGAAUAUACCAAGAUAGACUUUGUGUUGACAUUGAUAGACAUGAAGCUGGUGUCAAAGGUUCUUCAUAUGUCCAUCAUUUCUAAAUCUCAUCUGAAAUGGUGCCAACAGAAGCUUAAUAAUAUAGAGUUCAAAGAUGGUCAAAUUUUAAGGACCCCCACUAGCCUGCUGUUUCCAUCUUGAUCAGACCUUUUUUUUAAAAAAAAUAAAAAAUUCCUUAACUAGUUUGUGAAUAUUUAAGCAUAGUUGUUCUUCUUGUACCAAGAAUGGCAUGUAAAUAAAUUACAAUUACUUAGCUUCUUCUUUUUGGGCUGCAUACUACUCUAGCUAGCUUUUCUACGAUCUAUGUAUAAUAACUACACUGUUCUAUAUAUAAUAUA